CGCGGGAAAGGGGAAUUCGUUCACCACCAACAGUCGCUAAAGUUUCCUGAUCGAUUGCUGCGAUCUGUCACAGGUUUUUCUCUCUCUCUAAAACCCUGACAGCAGGCAGCUCGCUCUGCUCUGACUGAAACCUGCACUAAGCUACACCCGUCACUUUCUGUCAGAAUUUUGGAAAGUUACAUGACGCACGGAAGUCGCAGGUAGAAGGUGAGACGGACUCUCCGCCGCUGCCUGCAGUCAAUCUCCGGUCUGUGAACAUAUACCUAAGGACAGCAAGAAGGACACAAACUGGGAAAAAGGUCUGAUGCGUCUCCGGAAUUAGUCAAACUCUUCAGGGUAUUUAGUGACCGGUUAUCACUUGGGUUGUUCUCUCUCUCUCUCUCUCUCUGAGUGUCUCGGUGGGUCUCGCUUUUUUCUCUGGCCCCACAGGAACAGUCCAGUGGGUAAUUAUUAAUAGAUGUCCUGGAUGGAGGGGCCGGUGUUAUGUUGAGCCUUACGACAAACCUGUGUGAGUGUAAUGCGGGCAUGCUGUGUGUAUGUCACAGCAAAGAGCACAUCGCCUCCCUUUGCCAGGCAGCCUCUAGACCACAGCACUGAGCAGGACAUGUCUACCAGGCAGCGGGCAACAGCAUGAAGCCACUAGCGCUCUCCCUGCUCUUUCUCUGGCCAUCCCUCGUCUCUCUGAAUGGGGCAGGGGAUGGGACCUGGGCGAGGUUUGCCAGCCUGCCUUACCCGGAGGACAACCUGUUCCUACAUGAUACCUUCCCUGAGGGCUUCAUCUGGUCUGUGGGCACAUCAGCUUACCAGACAGAAGGGGCCUGGCAGCAGGAUGGAAGAGGAGCGUCCGUCUGGGACACCUUCACCCACAAACAGCUCAGUGUCAACGGGGAUGUGGCCAGUGACAGUUACAAUAACAUAGAGAGGGAUAUUUCCGCCAUCCAAACUUUGGGUGUCACACAUUACCGCUUCUCCAUCGCCUGGGCCAGGAUCUUCCCAGAUGGCCUGCUCUCAAGCCGCAAUGAAGUUGGGCUCAGAUUUUACUCACACUUCAUUCAGAGACUCCGAGAUAUAGGCGUUGAGCCCAUAGUGACUUUGUACCAUUGGGACCUGCCUCAGGCUCUCCAGGACAGCUAUGGAGGCUGGAUUAACGAAACCUUGGUAGAGCGCUUCAGUGAAUACGCCUGGUUUUGUUUCGAGUCUUUCGGGCACCAGGUGAAGUAUUGGAUCACUAUCGACAACCCUUACGCCCUGGCUUGGCACGGAUAUGGCACGGGAAAGCUUGCUCCUGGUAUCAGGGGAACCCCACAUGUACCCUACACAGUGGCACAUAAUCUGAUUAAGGCACACUCCAAGACUUGGCAUAUCUACAAUGAACAUUUCCGCCAAUCUCAGCAAGGUCUCGUGUCAAUUGCUUUGGCUUCUCAUUGGGUUGCGCCAAAAAAUGGGGACAUAACCCCUGAAGCUGUGCAGCUUUGCCAGUGCUCUAUCAACUCUGUACUGGGUUGGUUUGCGAAACCAAUAUUUGUAGAUGGCGAUUAUCCAGAGUGUAUGAAGAAUAACCUCAAAUCGCUGUUGCCAGCCUUUAACGAUGGAGAGAAAUUGGAAAUAAAGAAAACAGCUGAUUUUUUUGCACUUUCAUUUGGACCACUAAGUUUUCGACUUUUGGACUCAAACCUGUUAUUUAACCAGUCAAAAAAAUAUCUUCUGAGGCAGCUUCUCUAUUGGAUUCACACUGAAUACAACAACUCAAAAAUAUUCAUUGUAGAAAACGGCUGGGACGACAGCAGCGGCAGCACGAAGACUGAGGAUGUUUAUAACAUGUAUCCUUUAAAGACCUUUCUCAUGGAUGUACUGAAAGCAAUUAAGUAUGAUGGAAUUGAUGUCAUUGGAUACACAGCAUGGUCACUAGUAGAUGGUUUUGAAUGGGAUGCUGGUUACAAUACCCGACGAGGAUUGUUUUAUAUUGACUUUCAAAGCAAAGAGAAGGAGAGAAUGCCAAAAUCAUCUGCUUUUUUCUAUCAGCAAGUGAUAGAAGACAAGGGAUUCCCACCUAUACCAGAAAACAAACCUAUUACAGGAACCUUCCCCAACAGUUUUGUAUGGGGCAUCUCUGAAGAUGUCAUACAGGUAGAAACAUCUCCUACAACCCCUCAGUUUGUUGAUCGCAAUAUCUACAAAUGGGACAUUAAUGGUACUGGAAGGUUGCUGAAAGUCAAAGGAGUAAUGGGCCAACUGCGUAAGGCUCAGUGCACUGAUUACAGCACUAUCAGACAAGAAAUUCUCCUCUUGAAGAAUACACAUGCCACUCACUUCCAAUUCUCCCUCAACUGGUCACUGAUCCUACCGACUGGCAACACCACACAGGUGACCAGAGCAAACCUGCGCUAUUAUAAAUGCUACGUCAGUGAGCUUCUACGUGUGAAUGUUACUCCGGUCGUUGUUCUAUAUCAUCCUACUCUUGAAGAUCAGCGUUUGCCGUCAGUGUUAGAGAACAAUGGGGGCUGGAUAAACCCAGAAACAAUUCAGGCUUUCGUGGAAUAUGCCAGGUUAUGUUUCAGACAGCUGGGAAACAAAGUGAAGUUCUGGAUAACAAUGAGUGAGCCAAAUGGCAUAAAGCACAUAGUAGCACACAAACCAAACUUCACCAUUUUAGGCCACAAUUUAAUCAAAGCACAUGCUUUAGUCUGGCAUCUCUAUAACAAUGAAUUUCGUAAGACUCAAAAGGGGCAGAUCUCAGUUUCCCUUCAUGCUGAUUGGGUAGACCCGGCCAACCCUUUCUCUAGGAAUGAUAUAGAAGCAGCUGCUAGAAGUUUAGAGUUUGAUAUUGGUUGGUUUGCAGAGCCUAUUUUUGGCACUGGAGACUACCCAUUCAUCAUGCGAGACUGGCAGAGCCAAAGGCAAAACACUGGAUGGCACAAUUCUUAUUUGCCUUACUUCACAAAUGAAGAGAAAGAGCUAAUCCGUGGCUCUGGUGAUUUUGUGGCGUUGAACCACUACACAACUCAUAUUAUACAUCUAGAAGGUCAAACUGGAGCCCAGACUGGUUAUGAGUUCAAAGUGCAGCACCUGAAAGAUACUACUUGGUUGGCAUCACCAGAUGGAAAAGCAGUUGUGCCAGGGGGUUUACGUAAACUCCUCAGGUGGAUAAAAUCAAAAUAUGGCAACAUCCCAAUUUAUAUCACAUCAAAUGGCAUUGAUGAUGAUUCACCCUCCAAAGACAAGUUGCGUGUUUACUACAUUCAGAGUUACAUUAAUGAAGUUUUGAAAGCCUUAAAAUUAGAUGGAGUAAACAUUCGCGGGUAUUUUGCUUGGGCCUUAAGAGAUAUUGAUGAACCAAACUAUGGCUUCUACGCUUCUAAUCGAGCAGCUAAGCUCUCUGUUGAACAUUACAGAAGAAUUGUAGAUAAUGGCGGAUUUCCAACAUCAAAAAUCACCAGUACAAAAUGUUAUCAAGACUUAAAUUCUUCUUCAAAAUGCAAUCCUUCAUUCUUCAGAAAACAGUUGCUAAUAUUUGCAUUAUGUGGUAGAGGACGGUGGCGUAGGACGAAAAGCAGCCAUAUUGACAGCUGGCUGCAAUUUGGGACGUUGCUGCCAGGAACAUUUGGCUAA